CCUUUUCCGGUUUGAUCAAUCAGCCAACAUGAGCAAGAUUAGCAAAGACUCGCUUCUCGAAAGUCUCAACACUGUAUUGAAGAGGUCCCAGGAGAAACCUCGUAAAUUCACCGAGACAAUUGAACUCCAAAUUUCUUUGAAGAACUAUGAUCCCCAAAAGGAUAAGCGUUUUUCGGGAACCGUCAAGCUAAAGCACGUUCCUCGUCCCAAGCUCAACAUCUGUGUAUUGGGAGAUGCCCAGCAUAUUGAUGAAGCUACUGCUAACAACAUCCCAGCCAUGGAUGUUGACUCAUUGAAAAAAUUGAAUAAAAACAAAAAGUUGGUUAAGAAGUUGGCCAAGAAAUACGAUGGUUUCUUAGCAUCUGAUUCUUUGAUCAAGCAGAUUCCAAGAAUCUUGGGACCCGGAUUAAACAAAGCCGGUAAAUUCCCUACUAUGUUGUCCCAUAGUGAAUCUAUGGCUAACAAAGUUGCUGAACAAAAAGCCACUAUUCGUUUCCAAAUGAAAAAGGUAAGCAACACUAGUUCUUUAAGAGAUAAACAGUUGAUGCCAUUUUUCUUUCCAGGUUCUUUGCUUGGCAGUCGCUGUCGGCAAUGUUUCCAUGGCACCAGAAGAUUUGUUGUCUAAUACCAAUAUGGCCAUCAACUUUUUGGUAUCUUUGUUGAAGAAAAACUGGCAAAACGUUAGAGCUUUGUACAUCAAGUCUACAAUGGGUCCCUCUUUACGUAUCUAUUAAAGUCUUGCUGUAAUAGUUUGGCCGUAUGACUUGGUUCAAAUAAAAAGUUAUGAGAAUUGAA